AUGUCUGGAAGAGGCAAAGGCGGUAAAGGACUCGGAAAAGGAGGCGCUAAGCGUCAUCGUAAGGUUCUCCGUGAUAACAUCCAGGGUAUCACCAAACCCGCCAUCCGUCGUCUCGCUCGUCGUGGUGGUGUCAAGCGUAUAUCCGGUCUUAUCUACGAGGAGACCCGCGGUGUGUUGAAGGUGUUUCUGGAGAAUGUUAUCCGUGACGCCGUCACCUACACCGAGCACGCCAAGAGAAAGACCGUCACCGCUAUGGAUGUCGUGUACGCGCUGAAGAGACAGGGACGCACACUGCCCACUGCUCUGCACAUUUUGCAUGGAAGGUCAGCAAUGGCAAGAACCAAGCAGACCGCUCGUAAAUCUACUGGAGGCAAAGCCCCAAGGAAGCAGCUCGCUACUAAAGCCGCCCGUAAGAGCGCCCCGGCCACCGGUGGAGUGAAGAAGCCUCAUCGUUACAGGCCCGGCACCGUGGCUCUGAGAGAGAUUCGCCGUUAUCAGAAAUCAACCGAGCUGUUGAUCCGCAAACUUCCCUUCCAGCGUCUGGUGAGAGAAAUCGCUCAGGACUUCAAGACGGAUCUGCGCUUCCAGAGCUCUGCUGUCAUGGCUCUGCAGGAGUCCAGUGAGGCUUACUUGGUCGGUCUGUUCGAGGACACCAACCUAUCUUUGUUCAUCAUGUCUGGAAGAGGCAAAGGCGGUAAAGGACUCGGAAAAGGAGGCGCUAAGCGUCAUCGUAAGGUUCUCCGUGAUAACAUCCAGGGUAUCACCAAACCCGCCAUCCGUCGUCUCGCUCGCCGUGGUGGUGUCAAGCGUAUCUCCGGGCUUAUCUACGAGGAGACCCGCGGUGUGUUGAAGGUGUUUCUGGAGAAUGUUAUCCGUGACGCCGUCACCUACACCGAGCACGCCAAGAGAAAGACCGUCACCGCUAUGGAUGUCGUGUACGCGCUGAAGAGACAGGGACGCACACUGUACGGUUUCGGAGGUUAAACGAUUAAAAGAAAAACAAAACCCAACGGCUCUUCUAAGAGCCACCCACAUUAUCACACA